AAAUAAUUUUAUGGACCGUCUUAACCCAUCUUCAAGAGAUUGCAUAGUUCCACUUAUUGAAGAAAAUUCUCCUUGUAUUUGUAAUAAAUAAUAUUUUAUUAAUAGAAACAAACAAACCAGAGAUUGAUCCUCACUUUUUAAUGCCACAAUUUACAUAAUUAAUGUAAAAUCCAGAUUUCUUUCUUUAAACUUUAUAAUUAGAGUAGCUAAAACAGAUUCAAUCAUCAUUCUAUCCACAAAUGAAUAAUGUCCCUCUAAUUGCAGAAGAACCUAGAGUUAUUGAUUUAUUCACUUAAUAACUUUUAUAACAAUAGCUUAUGUUAAAUGCAGCAUUGUUAAACUAAUUCUAAGUAUUUUGAAUAUAAAUUAGGGUGUUGAAAAUAUCAAUUAUAGCCAAACAAAAGAUCUUGGAGAUAAUAAAAUAAAGAGAAAACAUAUAAAAAAAUCCCAUAAUCCUUAGUUUAAUAAUGGUAUUCUAAAUUUAAUAUGAAAGGUCAUUGGAGUGCUUAAGAACAUUAAGUUUAUCUAACAUUUUUACAAUAACAUAGAGAAGUUAUGGAAAGUUCAGAGUUAAAAAAAACAAAUAAAAUUUUUAAACUCAUGUCUGAUAUCAUUCAAUCUAGAUCUCCUUCGUAAUGUCGUUCACAUCAUUAAAAAUUUAAUCCUUAUUCCAAAUAUUUAGUUAAUGUAAAUUUCUUGAUAAAAAUUAGAAUAAUGUUGUUAGAAGAAAAAUGAAAGAAUAAAUGCUGAGUGACCCCUAAAAUUUAAAAUAAUAUUAAACAGAGAUUUAGAAUAUAUAAUAAUAAUCUUAAGAUUCAAAUGAUAAGAUGUAGUUUAAAUAGUAGUAACAAGAUUCGAAUCCUAAAUAAGAAUCUUAGUAAUAAUUAUAAGAAUCACAUGUUAGAGAUGAUUAAUAAUAAAUUAGUGGUUAAGAAUGA